AUGAAGCUUGAAAAGAACAAAAUAGAUCAGAGAUGUAUUUCCGGAAGCUUGAGGAUGACACCUGAGCACCAAGAUGACAUAUACAUACUCAGCUCUGUCAUAGAUGUAGGGGAUAUGGUAACGUCCGUCACAACCCGUAAGAUUCAGAUUGAUGGGAAAACACAACACAGAAUGACGCUUACAUUGAAGAUAAAAAUAGAAAGUAUAAACGUGGACCUUGAAAGCUCUACAAUAUACCUUAAAGGAAAAACUGUUCUAAUUAACGAGCAUGUCAAGCUUGGGUCAUACCAUACUAUAGAUGUAACUCUUGGGCAAUCCUUUGAAUUGGAGAAAGAAGAAUGGCAGGAGAUGUCUAUAAGGCUACUUAAGGAAGCAGCCAAACCCCAGCCAGAGGUCAUUUUCAUAGUAUUUUACGAAAAGGAGUGUGUCGUGUCUAUGGUGACACGUAGCAAAGUCAGCAUAAUACUGAAGCAGGAAAUGAAAAACAGGAAGUUUGGGAAUGUUGUUAAAGCACUAGAGAAGUACAUUGGGAAGGUCAGCCUAUUUGUGAUUGCAAGCAUGUUUGAGGUAAGAAACGAGUUCUAUAGGACUGUGAUGGGAUCCAAGGAGCUUAAAAAGGCAUGCAAUAGUUUCUGUGUAGUCAAGGUUCCACCUGAAUGCAGAGGAUGUUCGAAUUCAAAGGUAAUUAGCACGAUACUUACGGAUAAGGAGCUCUCCAAGGUUUUCCAGGGAGUUCAAUACAUUGACGAUCUAAAGGAGAUGGACGGCUUUCUUGUGAAGUUUGCAAAGGGAUCUGAUCUAAUUUGUAUUGGGAUGGAGAGUAUCAGAGAAGCAAUGGAUUAUGGAGCCCUUGAUAGGCUAAUGAUCACUGACGAGAGGAUAAAACCUAACGAUGUCGAGGAAAGAAAGGAGAUGGAGGCGUUCUGCAAGGAGAUUCAGGCGAUGAAUUGUAAGAUAUCUAUUAUUCCUGUUGCACAUUUUUCUGGAGAGAGGCUAAAGGAAAUGGGAGGCAUUUGUGGAUUACUAAAGUUCAAUUACAAAUGA